AUUUGUUUCGGCUACUUAAAUUUAGUUGUGUGAUUAGGUGGACGAAUCACGGGCGGCCACCUGGCGCGAAUGUUACUGCAAUAACCGAUGCUGCUUCGGUUAGACCGGGGCUUCUUUUUACUGUUAGUGGUGCAGGAGAUCUUUAUGAGUAUGAUCAGACUACAAAGCCUCCGUGGAAGAAGCACAUCCAUCAACAAGGAUCGGUCGGAGAAUACUCCUUGGCAUCUUUCAAGGCGUGCAUUAUACAUAGUCUAAUCGGAGAUCAUUCGGUUUCCCUCUUCCUCUUGACUAAGAACGGAGAGUUAAUCGAAAGGCGUAUGCACCAAAGAAAAUGGAAAUGGGUGGUGCAUGGGAAUCCGAAAGGCCAUCGAUUAACCUCCAUCACAUGCAUUCAACAAGACGAAACUAACGAGAAUCCGAACUCGUUAUUCGUUACAACUGCAGCUGGAUUCGUUUUUGAGUAUCAUAUACAAAAAUACCCUGUAGGAAAUUCUCAAAAUCGAGAUCUUGAAGAGAUGAAGUGGCAGAAUCAUAAUCACCCUCCGUAUGCAAAAGCUGCCACGGGCAAAUCAGGGCUGCAAUUGCAACUAGGGAGAAUGAUAUUUCCGUUGGACGACGGUAGAUUAGCGGAGCUGCAUUUAUCGAGCCUCGGUGGAGAAAAGUUAGGCCCUAAUCCUCCCGUUAGCACACGAAGAAAAUCUUCGAUUAAAUACGUCUGGUCGUUAUUAGACGCACCCGAGACUGAAGGAUGGAAUGCAGAGUACUGCACAGAACAAAGUGGGCCCACAAACUGCAUCCUAGGCACUAAAGACGAAACAGGCGAAAUCCCCGUUUCUCGAUGGAGAAAGGACAGCAAAACGCAACAUUAUUACUUAUCACCCGAAGCAGAUAGUAAUCCUAAUCCGGGAGAUCAAGAUUAUAAUGUUAUCCCGGAUAAGUGGGAGAUCAAGAAACUAUUCCGCCUCCGUUUAAUGCAGGAAGAAAAGUCGUUUUUCCUCAUAACGGAAAAUAAUGUAAUAUUCGAAUACUUGAACACUGAAAACACGUGGUUCUGGCUGAGGCACGAGCAUUCGACGGGAAUUGAAGGGGCUGUUGGAAACUAUAACGGGAGCUUAUUUGUAGUCGACGAAGACGGGAGUUUGCUUAUUAGAGAGAGAAGUAGCAGUGAUCUGACAUGGAUUAAUUGUACUGCAUUGAGAAGAGGCAAACAGGUGAUCGCGGGUCCACCGUGGGACGGCGCACUCGGUCAAGCACCGAGAGCUAAACCGGAAGACUCCAUUUUCUUUAUCGGCAAAAACGGGAGGCUCUUACAAUUCACUGUAGCCCUGAGAAAGUUUAAAUGGAAAGACUGUAGAAAUCCGCCAGGUGUCAAAAUCGCGAGCAUAGUUGAUCAAGAAGGGUUCAGGGGGAACAUCGUGUUCGUUGUAGGGCAAAACGGGCGAUUAUUCCAAUACAAUAAAGUUACUGAAUUAUGGCACCAGCACUAUCAGUCACAGCACUUGGUUUUAUCGAGAUUGCCGGGAACCGCAAUGAGGUCGUCAAUGUCGUCAUCGAAGGGCUCUCUUUUUAUACUGUCGGAAGAUGGUGGACUGGUUGAAUAUAAAUGGAGCUCGAUGGAGGGAUGGAAUUGGAUAGAACACGGAUCACCGGAUACUACUGUGGUCCUGGUUGGUGCACCUGGACCUUGCUUUGGAGGGAAUGAACUGUUUUUAAUCGGUUCGGAUGGGAAUGUUUAUCUGAGGUAUUUGGAUCGAGGGGAGUGGAAAUGGAGGGAUUGCGGAUUUCCGUAUACUGCGUACAAAGAGACGGAUGAAGAAGAUGUUAUAGACAGAAAUUGUGAUCCUAAGGUGUCGAAUACAAGGCCGAUUCCGUUUUCUGAAGAUUCGGUCAUAUUCGAGUUGCGAGAUGGCAGAUUGGGAGAAAUGAGACGGGUUGAGGUCGGAAACUGGAUGUGGUCGCGUAUAAUUGGUACUCCGUCGAGCUUAUGCGUGACAAAUUUCUGGGCCUCGUGGGCAAUGUGAGGAAACAAUGCAUGUAGAAAAAAGGUAACCGGUAUACUAAUAGAUAGCACAGCUUUUUAGAUAUGUAACCAAAAGAAAUUAGGGCAGUCAAUGUAAAAAAGAACCAGUUGAACUCUAAUCUUCGCUUUUCGAUAUUCAGAAUUAUAGGAUGUGUACAUUGUACAGGUUACAACGAUAAACGAUUUGUAUAGUGGCGACGGUUGGGUUAAGGAUACAGCAAUAAAUUACCUGUUAAUUAUAUUCGAAGCUAAUUUAAAUAAAUACGUAAUCCCAUAAUGCGGAGUUCAAUUAGAAUACUGGACGAUAGAUACAAAGCGAUAAAUAGUUGAAGAACAUCAUCACCAACAAGCCUGGCAAGUAUCAAUACAAAGGGAAAGUAAGCGGCUGAAAAAGAAAA